UCAGUAACAACAGCUAAUGUACAUUAGCAAAAAGGUUUCGUUAGCUCUAGUCUGUUUUGUUCUUUCUUUUGAAUUUGGCCAUUUUUUCCCCAAGAAUAAUGAUAGGAAAUCUUUGUUUUUUUUAACAAGGUUUUUGGUGGGAGAAAUGAAUCAUCAAGAAAAGGUUGACGUUCACUGUUUAAUCACUGUAACUUCUCAGUUUGAAGGUGGUGGAGAAACGUAACUGGAAUUGAUUUUAAGAUAUAACAUAAAAAACGUGGACUGAUCAGAUUUCAGUUCAUUGUUAUUUAUGCAAAUGAGAAUCUAAUAUAUUAACGUUUAGUCAAAGAAAUAACGACACAGUCAAAAAGAAAAAAGUCUCAGGGAUGACAUAGAUCAUUUUCUAUAUAAGCAACAGCCUUCUGUGCCACCUCGAGGCGAGAAUUGGAACUGCAUUCAAAUUAUAGAGCAGCUGAGAGAGAGAGAGAGAGAGAGAGAGAGAGCGAGCAGGAGAGAUAUACAUACACACACAGAGAGAGAGAGAGAGAGAGAGCAUCACUACUGUGCACCACAGAACAAGUGAACAUCGACGCCCACACUUCUCCUUCUCCUUCUCCAUCCAUCAUCCAUCCAUCCUUCCAUUCUUCCAUCCAGCCUGGAUCCUCUGAGGCAGCAGCCGGGUCGGGAUGCGUCCAUCUCAGCUUGAGAUGAGGAUAAGACGGAAGUCGUGAAGAAGACGGUGCCACGGCCACGCUGUUUCCGUUCACUUCAAAGAAAACCUGCUGCCGACCUGAACCGGUCACAGCUCAGCUCCGAGAACCGAGGAGAACCGAGGAGAACCGAGCCCCAGAGCCUGUCUGCCCUCAGCUGUUGCUCAUUUCCACUGUAAAUGAAUCUUGUAAGUUCUUCGUUGUCGGUGCGGUCAUCUGAGGCUCGAUUGAAAAGCGGUUCAAGGAAGAACAACAGCUGACACUCUCCUCCUCCUCCUCCUCCUCCUCAUCAUCAAUCUGUCUCCUCGCCUCGAUUGUGUGAAUGUCUUUCUGAGACUCUGUUUUCCCCAAACAAUCAGUGCUACAUGUCGUUUUCCUGUUCGACGUGAUUGGACGCAGCAGCCGAACUUUGUCGGUUUAUGAACAACCGUGUUCCUCCUCACAAGAGAUACCAGCCCACAGAGUAUGAGCAUGCUGCCAACUGUGCUACGCAUGCGUUAUGGAUCAUUCCCAGUCUGUUGGGCAGCUCCGUGCUGCACUUCCACUCCGAGGACCAAUGGGAGCGGCUCUCAGCCUGGGUGUACGGAGCUGGACUCAGCUCGCUCUUCAUCAUCUCCACCCUCUUCCAUACUGUGGCCUGGAAGAAGAGCCACUUAAGGUCGGUGGAGCACUGUUUCCACAUGUGUGACAGGAUGGUGAUCUACUUCUUCAUCGCCGCUUCCUACGCCCCCUGGCUGAAUCUGCGGGAGCUGGGUCCGUGGGCGUGUCACAUGCGCUGGCUGGUGUGGGUCAUGGCCUCCUUUGGAACCACCUACGUCUUCUUCUUCCACGAGAGGUAUAAGAUCAUGGAGCUGAUUUGCUACACAGUGAUGGGGGUUUUUCCCGCCCUGGUCAUCCUGUCCAUGCCGGAGCAGUCGGGGCUGUGUGAACUGCUGGUGGGCGGAGCCUGUUACUGCCUGGGCAUCGUCUUCUUCAAGAGCGAUGGCAUCGUCCCCUUCGCUCACGCCAUCUGGCAUCUUUUCGUGGCCGUAGGCGCCGCCGUGCAUUACUACGCCAUCUGGAGGUACCUCUACACCCAGACGCCCAAUCAGGUCCAGACUUCCAGAUGACAUCAGUACUGAGGUGGUGUCCUGGGAGCUGCGAUCGUAUAUCGUGGUCUAACUUAUCGCAGAUCAACGAGGAUUCAUUCAGUCGUUUCUCAGAGUCACAUCGAUAUCUGUUUAACCUCUAGAGUUUCCCACAGCACAUAUUAGAAAAAUCCCAGGAUGCACCACCACACAAUAGUGUCACAAAGAGUACAUGUACUUAUACUAGUUAUACUAGAUCAGUUCACUCACUCAGUAUGAAACCUACUCCUGUUUGGUUGAACACGACACUGAUGUAGUUGCAGGGAUUGAUGAAAGACACGCAGAUCUUCUUCUAAAGCUCUGAGACAGUCUUAGAUUUCAAAGCCAUCUGCUGCCACCUAGUUGAAGUAUUGAGUAUUGAAGUGAUCUACCUAUUGCAGUUGUAAAGACAAAUUAAUUACAA